AUGUGUCCAUUUAGAGACUAUAACAAAGCAGUCGAGAAUUUGAAACGUUUAGUCAUUUAUGUUGACUCUGCCCCAGAAUGUUAUGUCAUGAAAGAAUGGGAUGUUGUCUUUAACAAACCAAGAGCAACAAUAGUGUCUGAACAAGAAUGUAGACAGAAACUUAAGAAAAUAAAAGUUGUACAAGUUGGCAUGAAGAUGUUAGAUGCUUGGGAUAUCUUAUUGUCAAAACUUGAAGAUUUUUCAGUUCGUGGUAUAAAGUUUUAUACACCAUCUCCAAACUUCUAUUCUAUCUUCACUGGAUAUAAAUACGAACAAGUAGAAUGGAAACACAGUAUUAUAGAAGCUUGGUUAGACCAUGUCAAAGAAAUUAUAUGCAAUGGAAACGAAAGAGUCUAUGAGUAUAUCUUAUGUUGGUUUGCAAACAUCUUACAACAUCCAAGUGCUAAAAAUGAAACUGCUCUCAUUAUAAUUGGAAAACAAGGAACAGGUAAGAAUACUUUCUUUACAGAUAUUUUGUGCAAACUGUUAGAAGGUUAUUCGAAUCCGAAUAUGACAAACUUAGAAAACAUCUGUGGCAAGUUUAACUCCUCAAUAGAGAAUAUGAAACUUAUAGUUUGCAAUGAACUUCAAAGUAUAGAUACAACAAAAGUUUUGAACUCAGAUGCUUUGAAGAGUCUUAUAACAGACAAAGUUGGAGUUGUUGAAAGAAAAUAUAAAGACCAAAGAGUUUGUGAAAAUGUUGCAAACUUCAUUAU